AGGAGUUGACGAUUCAAAACGAUGUCGUUGUGGUUCUUAGAAGAAAGUGAUCUUCUCUUCUUCUUCUUCUUCCUUCGCCGGGAAGCUCACAAACGGAGAACUUGGGACGUGCCCUGAAGGGAUUUCUAGAAUCAAUUCACAAUGGCGUGUAUAGUAGAGGAGACUGAACGUGCAGAUCAAUCAAAUGAGACACAAAUUGCGCUUAUAAGUGGAGUUCCUGAUGAUAUCUCAAAAUCCUGCUUGGCUAGAGUUCCAAGAGAAUAUCACAUGGCAAUGAAAUGUGUUUCAAGGAGAUGGAGAGAUUUCGUGUGCGGUGAUGAAUUUUGGGAUUAUCGGAACAAGUUUAACUUGGCUGAAUCUUGGAUUUAUGCGUUGUGCCGCGAUAUAUCUGGUGGUGUCUUCUUACACAUGCUGAAUCCGUUCUCGUCCAAAAGAUCAUGGAAAAGAAUCCAUGAAUAUCCAUAUAUCCCAAUGAGAGAAGGCAUGGGUUUUGCAGCAUUGGGUAAGAGACUUUUUGUGUUGGGUGGAUGUGGUUGGUUAGAAGAUGCUACUGAUGAGGUUUAUUGCUAUGAUGCUGCUAUGAACACUUGGUGUGACGUAGUACCUCCUCUUUCAACUAAAAGAUGCUACUUUGCUUGUGAAACGCUGGAUGGAAAAAUUAUGGCAAUUGGUGGGCUAGGAUUGAAUCCAAACGCAAAACGAACUUGGGACAUCUAUGAUCCUUUGACCAGAACCUGCAAAUCUUGUUCUGAUGUAAAUAUUGUCCCUGAAAUAGAAGAUUCAUUUGUAAUGGACGGAAGGAUUUAUAUUCGGGGUGGUGGUGGUGGAUCUUCCAGUGCAUCUAGCGGGAUUUGGGAACGUAUGGAUGAUGAUAUGGCAUCAGGAUGGCGAGGUCCAGCAGUUGUUGUGGCAGAUGAGCUCUAUGUUUUGGAUCAAACUUUUGGAGCUACGCUAACAAUGUGGUGCAGGGAAACAAGAAUGUGGAUUCGUAUCGGGAAGCUAUCUCAAUUGGUGAUGAAGCAGCCUUGUCGGCUUGUUUCUAUUGGAAAUAGUAUCUUUGUGAUUGGUAAGGAUUGCUCUACUGUGGUGAUUGAUGUUGAGAAUGUGAGGAAGACGACAAUGAAUGGAGUAAUGGUGUGUUCUUCUAUACCAAAGACUUGGGAUGAUGAUAUAGAAGUUAUUAGCUGUAAAUCUGUAGCCAUAUAAUGUCUACCACUCUCUACUUUUCUCUUGGCUCAAAAAGCUGUUUCUGUUGUUCAUGUAAAAUCACAAGCUUGUCUGAAUCACACACAACACUGUCCUCCUGGUUCAUAAA